AUGCGUCAAUGCAACAACAUGUUGCUGGGCAUCACAUGUGCCAUGUGCAUCUGUAUUGCACUUUUAACAUUUCUCGUCGCCGUUAUCUAUUUGGGUAUUUUUGUGAUCAUCGGAGAGUCCGAUCCACAUAUCACUGGAUGCUCCAGAAUGGAUCAGAUUCGUGGAAUGAAGUGUGCUCCGAAAAUCGAGGAGCUGUCUCUGAGUUUUGAAAAACUCCAUCCAGGAUACGCCUAUCCGGAUCGCUUCCAGAAUAUUUCAGCUACCUGCACCACUGUAUUGGAAUGUAUCACCCCAAUCAAAUGUAAAACGAUAACCAUGGAGUACAAGUUUGUGAAAACAUCGUGUGCGGUUUUUGAGAAAGCUGUCAACAAGUACAAUGGUUGUUUGAAAAAGCUCCAAAUGCGUUUCAACUUGGGUUUCGCACCAUGCCUUCUUCCACUCAUGAGCACCAUGGAAGCGGAAAACUCUGAAAUGUGUGAGAUGUUUAAAAAAAAUCGAGAAUGUCUGACAGCCGAGAUAACUGAAAACUGUGGAUCCGAUCUGAUGGUCGAAGAGUUUGUAGAAGACGUCAUGCUUCUUCAUGAGUGUUUAAUUUAUUAA